UUUAAUCCCGAAGUUUUUUGUUAUCUCAGAUAGAUCCUCCCCACCAAUGGAGAAGUACGAGAAGCUUGAGAAGGUUGGUGAAGGAACAUAUGGGAAAGUCUACAAGGCCAUGGAGAAAAGCACUGGAAAGCUUGUUGCUUUGAAGAAGACGAGGCUAGAAAUGGACGAAGAAGGUAUACCACCGACCGCUCUUCGCGAGAUUUCUCUUCUCCAGAUGCUUUCUCAAUCAAUCUACGUCGUUCGACUCCUCUGCGUCGAACAUGUUCUUCAAUCCAAAGACUCAAUCUCUCCUUCCUCACCCGUUUCUUCUCACUCCCAAAAAUCCAACCUUUAUCUCGUUUUCAAGUAUCUCGACACUGAUUUAAAGAAGUUCAUUGAUUCGCAUAGGAAAGGUUCAAAUCCUAGACCCCUUGAAGCUUCUCUUGUGCAGAGACUAAUGUUUCAGCUUUGUAAAGGCGUGGCUCAUUGCCAUAGCCACGGUGUGCUUCACCGUGAUCUUAAACCGCAGAACCUUCUUCUUGAUAAAGAUAGAGGAAUCCUAAAGAUCGCUGAUUUGGGUCUUGGUCGUGCUUUCACUGUCCCUCUCAAAUCUUACACUCACGAGAUCGUCACUCUCUGGUAUAGAGCUCCUGAAGUUCUUCUUGGAUCUACUCAUUACUCCACUGCCGUUGACAUUUGGUCUGUUGGAUGCAUCUUUGCCGAGAUGAUUCGGAGGCAAGCUCUUUUCCCCGGUGAUUCAGAGUUUCAGCAAUUGCUUCAUAUAUUCAGAUUGCUAGGAACACCAACUGAGCAACAAUGGCCUGGUGUAAUGGCUCUGCGUGACUGGCAUGUGUAUCCAAAGUGGGAGCCGCAAGACUUAUCACGCGCUGUGCCAUCUCUGUCCCCUGAAGGAGUUGAUCUUCUCACGAAUAUGCUGAGGUACAAUCCAUCUGAAAGAAUUUCAGCGAAAACAGCUCUUGACCAUCCAUACUUCGACAGCCUUGACAAAUCUCAGUUCUGAAGCUGCUGCACCUGUCUUGAUCGAAACUCUUUCAUCACCUCUGGCAAAAUUGCAAUCUAGUAUCACUGAUCAGGCUUCUCCUUGGAGCUUAGAAGUUGAUUGCUCAUCAUCUUGGUGAUUUUAGCGUUUAUUUAUUACCACACCAGUGUCUCAUGUAUUGUGUGUUUGAGGGAUUUGUACUUUUUACAGAACAAAAUGAAAAAGCUUGUUUGUCCAACUAAAGAGAGUGCUGUGUUCAAG